GCGACAAGUUUCAAGAGAUACUCCAGGUCCGCAUGUUGAUGACUUCGGCUACACUACCAUGGUUCAUCUUGCAAAUUGCUGGAAGCUCCAGACACCGCCCGUGAUUGUCAACCAGAGAGAGGCACAGUACAUGAUCGCUCCGUAAAGUUGUUGCUGAAAAGAAGCGAAAUUUGCAAUUUGCAAAGUCGAGCUAGAAGGCCAGACAGCAUAGGCCAUGCUCUCCAUCGUGUUCAUAGUCGGUAGAUGUCUUCUAGUCGACCAUCCUCAGACUGGUCGCUCUCUCAUCUAGAAAUCCAUCACCAAGACAUGGCUGGGAGCGGAUCGCAAAGUCGCGAGGUCAAGCUACCCAUAGUCAACCAUUGCCAAAACACAACAGAUGAAAAGUUUUGUGUGAAGCCCCUCGUGGCCAUUCCGCACACCACCUCCAUUGCCGAUAUGCUCGGUUGCACAGCCAGUCUUUCUCUUUAUGACUCGAUACAGCACCACAAGCUUGCCCCAAUCAAUGGCGCUGUGCUGUCCUUAUGGGCACAACAAAUCCCCCCCUCCCCCUCCUGGCGCUCGCUCCCUCAUAACCAAUUAACUCCGUGCGCAAUGAUAUAAAACCCAGCAAAGAAGAACAUCGCCCCCAUGGUCGUCGUCGUUGUCAUCGUUAUGAUGUGUGUUCCAAAGCGUGAUUAGUUGAGCAUGACGG